AAAUUGGGGAAGAAAAUUUACAGUGUUGAAAUUGGUUAAACCCUGACACUAGCACCUUCCUCAGUCGCAUCACCACCAUGUCAGAGCGCGACCGCCGCGAACGAGAGAGGGAUAAGGACCGUGAACCAGACCGUGAUAGACGCCGAGGUAGAGACGACCGUGACCGUGACCGUGAUCGAGACCGGGAAAGAGAUAGAGAGCGCGACCGUGACCGAGGGCUUAGAAACAAAAAAUCCCGAUCUCGUACUCCAGACCACCACGCUCGUGCUCGCCACGUGCGCUCUCCGGAGAGGUAUCGCUCUCGUUCCCGCUCGAUUGACCGUGACCGGGACCGGGACCGUCAACGACACCACAGGCGCAGGUCUCCUUCUCCAGAUGCUCCGUCGCGAAAACGGCCUCGCCAGGGUUCAGUAGACGAUGAGAAAGAAAGGAAUCGCAAAAGAGUAGUGACUGAUUCCGUUGACGAGAAUGCGUCUACUAUUACUAAGAAGAAGGAUAAACAACCAAGUGAUGCUGCUGAUAAUGGCGGAGGCGAAGAUGAAGAAGGAAUGGAUGUGAAUGAGAUUGAGAUGAUGAAGAUGUUAGGGAUUCCUACUGGAUUUGAUUCCACAAAAGGCAAACCAGUUGCUGGUGCUGAUGUUAGUGGUAUUAGAGCUGUAACUAAGCGUCAGCCAAGACAGUACAUGAACCGUCGCGGUGGAUUUAACCGUCCUCUACCGGCCGAGCGUAAUCGCUAGUCUUCUCAAGGUCCCUCUAACGCUGUCUUGAACACUAGUCAAAAAGAUGAGGGCUAGAGCUGCAUUUCCCAGAUAGUAGUUACUAGUUACUCCAAUUCUUCCCCAGACUCUGUUCUGAUGUCUUAUAGAGAACAAACUUGUACUCUCUGAAUUUGGUUGGAAACAACUCGUGAGUUAUUUCUUUUUCGAGAUUUAAAAAUGUUAAUGUUUGUGUGUAAUCUCCCGGCUCUAACUGUCAGACUAUGGUUCAUUUGAAAUCAGGCUUAUUCAUUUUUGAGU